AAACAGUAAAGAUGGCGACGUAUGUAGCCGGAGAGGGGCAACCAAGUCUAAAUGGGAUUAUUUGCGAGCCCCAAACUAAAAAACUGACGGACCUGCCGACUGAGUUGCUCGAACACAUCCUGUGCUUCCCCGUCCUCAAACAUGUCGACAUUUGUAACGUCUCCUGCUGCUGCAAGCGGCUACACGACGUUUGCCAUGGAAGGGGGAAGGUCUGGGGACAUCAGUACAAACUCAGAUGGCCCAGACUGCAGAGGUUCUACCGUCAGAAUGAGUGCUGUGACUGGCUCAGAGAAUACAAAACACGCCAUAGAGUUGGUAUACAAAUACGAAGGACCGUGGAAUCCAUCUCAAAGAGAUUCUUCACAGAAGUUAAACUGUGUGCUUUUUCUAUGUUCCAAACUAACCCAGAGAUCUGUAACACAGCCUUGCGUUGGCCAGGUGCUGGGAGAUAGCUUUGCAGAGAUUGAGUCACUUGGGAUGCCGGAGCACUUCUGUGAAGACGAGCUCCUCUUCAUACUCAACUCUGACAAGAGGAAAAGCUUGACAUUGAAGUACUAUGCAAAGAAAAUCCUUUACUUCCUGAGACAGCAGAAUAUUCUGAAGAGUUUGAAGAUUUUCCUGGAGCAGCCUGCAGACCAGCAGUCCUCUUUAGAGGGUGCUGUACUGGUGGAUCAGUAUUGUAACCCACUGGCUGAUGUAACCCUGAACAGCAUAUCAGCCCAGCUUGACGAGAUCGCAGAGAAAGUGAAGAAGAUGCUGAGAAUCAAGAACCCCUCUCACCCCAGCUUGCGUGUCGCUCAAGGUGACUGUUUUGUCGUGGAGGACUUUGAACUCCAGAGGCAGGUGGUGUGUGCCCUAAACUCUGUCUUGUAUGAGCAGCUUCAAUACAAAGGCAACGAGUUUGACUACUACAACCCGCUCAAUUCUUACAUCCACCAGGUGCUACUACGCCAUACAGGCAUUCCCAUAAGUCUCUCUGUCCUCUACAUGACAUUAGCCCGGAAGCUUGGUGUUCAGCUGGAACCGGUCAACUUCCCCAAUCACUUCCUGCUGCGCUGGUGCCAAAAACCAAGAGGGAGUGAGGACAUCUAUGACUUUGUCUACAUUGAUGCCUUUGGUAAAGGCAAGCAGCUGACAGCCAAGGAGUGCGAGUACCUCAUCGGCCACCAGGUGACGGCAGACUACUACAGUGCCAUCAGCACCACCGAGGUGCUGCUCAGGAUGGUGGGAAACCUGCUUAACAUCGGCAAAAGAGGUGAGGGGAAUGAGAAAUCCUACCAGCUGCUGAGAGACUCUCUAGACCUCUACCUCACUAUCAACCCAGAUAAUGUGCAGUACCUGCUGCUGCAGGCCCGGCUCUACUUCCACCUGGGCAUCUGGCCAGAAAAGGUGCUAGACAUCCUACAGCACAUUCAGGCAUUGGAUCCCUCCCAGCAUGGGGCAGUGGGUUACCUGGUGCAGCACACGCUGGAGCACAUCCAGCACAAGAAACAUCCCGCUACGCCUGAGGUUAAGAAGCGUAGCGCUCCAGAACACCUGGAGGUCCAGUAUUCAGUCGGCCUCAUCAUGAAACACAAGAGGUCGGGUUAUAACUGUGUGAUCUACGGUUGGGACCCAAAGUGCACCAUGAGUCAGGAGUGGAUCACCACGAUGAGGGUCCACCAGCUGUCCAACGGGGCCAACCAGCCUUUCUACAACGUCCUUGUACAGGAUGGAACAUGUCGCUACGCAGCACAGGAGAACCUGGAGCCCCACUCAUCUCCCCUGGAGAUCGGCCACCCGGAAGUGGGGCGCUACUUCUCUGAGUUUACUGACACCCACUACGCUGCCAACGAAGAACUGCAGACGCGAUACCCGGAGGACAUGGAUGAAACUUUGGGCACGGUGCAGGAGCUUUACCACAGACUGACACCCGGCGCUGGGAACCAGGACCAGGCUCCUGCCACAGACCAAAACAACCACCAAGCCAUGUCCAUGUAGCAUGGUAGCAGUGUCCAACAUUCUGCUGACCCCAGCUAACCAAUUACUGAUCACCCAUUCUUAAUUCACAGUCCACUUAGCUGAUGCUUUGUUGCACGUACUCAUGACCAGGACAAGUGUAAUGGACGCGUUUUUGUACAAAUUAGCCAGAAUACAGUAUUUUCAGUAAGUGUAACAAGAAACGGUUUACAAAUGUGGUUUUGUACCAUAGUCAGGAUUCCUUGCAUGUCUGGAAAAGUGUGGUUAAAAAAACAUGCAGCAAACAUAGUUACUCUUUCAGUACAUAUAUUUAAAUACCACAGUGUAUUGGUUGGGAAAACAAAGCUCAGACUAUGGAGUGAUAUGCCCCAGUUGACGGUCAUCAUCCAGGAUGCAGGAUCUUCAGAUCCACUCGCAAAGUUGAUUUUGGAACAAGUGUGGAAACCCACAAUAAGGCAUAAGAAGACGUCUUGAAGAAAAAAAGAAAACAGACUUGAAGUUAAUACUAAAGUGGAUGAGUAAGUUUAGGAUGUGUGUCCAGUUGCUGUAAAUCCUCCUUUACUAACAACCAAGGAAUGCCCCUUUACCCAGAGCUCCCCAACCCCUGACCACACCUCCCUGCACCCAACACCAGACAAACAAGUCCCCCAGCAUAUAGUCCAAACCCCCAGUCACAGUGCCACACCUAAGACCAUAAAGAAAAGACUUUGUAAAUUGACUUUUAAUUCCCCAUCUUUUAAUCAAGUUUCAUGCACUUCUGGAAGUUCAACUUUCACAUUUCUAGAUUAUGUUGUUUUUGUUUUUUUCCUGUAUAUUUACAAGUGAAACAUGUAGGAUGUUACAGCUCAUCAGUGUUGAGCUAUUCAUAGAAAAAACAGAAGAACCAAUAAUGGCACUGCUCACUUGAAGCUGAAACUGCAAAGAAAUAAUAAUAAUAAAGCGUUUCAAGUU